AUGCCUAGCUUAAGUUCCGGGGUUCUUGAGAAGCUUAUUGAAGAAAUGGGAAAUGAUCAUCAAAAGUCUCUGAAUGGUGAUCAUAAACCUGUGUUGCUACAAAUCAGAAACAUCACACCGGUUUUAGCAGAAGGUGAUCUUUGGCCCACUAAAGGGUUUUAUUUGAAGGUUUCAGAUGCUACACACACUAUGUAUGUGUCAUUGCCUCCAGAGCAGGAUGACAUGGUUUUAUGCAACACAUUGCAGCUUGGGAAAUUGAUAUAUGUUGAUAUGUUGGAAGAAGCGUGGCCGGUGCCUGUGCUUAGAGGUAUAAACCCUCUCCUAGGUCGACUUUCUUCUGUCGGACACCAUGAAGAUCUCUUAUCCAUUGAUAGGUUUGUGGAUUUUAAAGGGGUGUCUGAUUUACUAUUUGUAAUGGAGAAGAGAAGUAGCGUGGAGAAGAAACAACAACCGACAUUUCGCUCCUUGAAGGCCUCUAAGAUUCACCCAAUGGAAAAGCUCCCAAGGGUAUGCAAGUUUGGAAAUGGUGAUGCUGAGAAGGAAAUAUGUGAGGUACCAAAACGGUCGAGAAAAGUGAAAUCAAGAUGUAUAGAGAGUGAUUCUGAUAGCACAAUAUCUUCUUCCUCCUUAAGGAGAAGAAGCUGGACUGGACCCGAAGCUAUAGAUUUCCCACUUGUCAAGCAUGGGAUAAAACCAUCCGCAAGGCGCAGUCGUAGUGCACAUGUUUCUCCAGUUCGUUCUACAAGAAGUGGUUCAGAUGACAAUUCAAGUUGCAACAUAAAAAGAACAAUUAGUGAUGAUCUAGCUUGGAAAUUAAGUAGAAACUCCAGCAUUAGGAACUCAGUGGCAACAAAAAAUUGUGAGCAAUCCUUAGAUCCUCCAGUGAUGGUUAAUUUAGACGUUGAUAGUAAAUAUUCAGAAAGUAUUAUACAAUGGAACUCCCUUCCUCCAAUAUUAGUGACUCUUGGAAAGGAAAUUUUGACGCACAAAAGUGUUUCUUUGCUUGCUGCAGUGGAUGCAUUGCAAGAUGCUUCUAUUGCCGAGAGAUUACUGAAAACCCUAAGUACAUACUCAGAGCUCCAGUCAUCCGAAGGGGAGGAACAUCAACCAUCAAUUAAUAAGUUCUUUGAUAUGCAAGACUACUUGGUUCAGACUCGACUAAUUGCUCAGUCAUUGACCAACGUCAGUCCACUCAGAGAUGAUGAUACAAAUCCUGAAAACCUUGGUUCCAUCAAGGAAACAUUAAUGCUUGCAGUAGACCGGAAGAAAAAUGCAACGUCAUGGAUUAAAGCAGCGAUAUCAUAUGAUCUUUCCCCAUCUUUUUCUCUUGAUAAUGUUUCAGUCAAGGCUAGAAAUCCAUCCGGUAAAUCAAAUAGGAACCAUGUUGCAAACUUUGAAAAGUCCUUGCAUGAUGAAUGUAAGAGGUGGUUUUUUGCUACCUUCGAGAGUUACCUGGAUGAGGUUAGAAGCAAAACUGAUCUAAUGGAAUCUGAUAGUCAAAUAGCUGAGACUAUGUGUCAGAUUAAGAAAGUUGGGGACUGGUUAGAUGUGAUUGUCAGUAAAGAGGAUUCUGAUUUGGAAAUUUAUGGGAGAAUCAAGGAGAAGAUAUAUGGGGUACUUUUGAAGAAUGUGGAAAGGACUGCUGUGGCUAUUGAACAAAUGAAUGCAAUAUUCAAUAUAGGCAAUUAG